AUGCAACCGCAUAUUCGCCUAAUUUCAGUCGGUUCACCUCAGACUCCUGGCAUUGGAAACGUUGCUGGCGGCCUGGCAGGUACGCUUCCAUGCCCCGUCGGUGUCAUUCCGCCGCUAAAUGGCAAUGUCAUCUACAGUGGAGUAGCACCGUACCCACAAGGAACAACAGCUACAUUGACGUGCAAUCCUGGAUUCGUCGUUAGGGGCGAAUCGACCGUCACAUGUCAGAACGGACUCUUCGGUAUCUUGGGAACGUGUGAUAAGAUCUCUCCAUAA